AUGAAGUUAAGCGGCGGCUACGAGGAACUACCAGACUGCAAACCGACCACACUGACAUGGACAAACCGCGCAACAAAGUACACCGGCUGGAGUAUAUCCCAUGAGCUCUUCACAGUGUCUAUCCGCGACACUUACUACGGAAGCAUUCCCAUGCGGCUGGUAAAAAACGACCAAAUCCUUCGAUCGCCCGACAAGAUGUUUACGAUCAUAUAUGGCGAUGUUACGACCCAUGUCCUGACUUUGAAUUGGUGGCACCAUCAGUUUGAGUUUUCCAAGGUAAAUGAUAUUCGAACGAAUAGGACUAAGAAGGAGUACUUUAUCGAGUAUGACUACUGGCUAUGUAUUGGGGCGUAA